UCCAAUUGCACAACCCAACAACCAACAAACACAUGCAAGCAAUUCAAUAUAAACAGGCGGCGACAGCGCAAGCAAAUUUUCUACCGAUUUGCUCUUGUCAGUGUGUUCUUCGACGUGUUUGAGUUCGUUUCGCUAAUAUUUGGUGUCUCGGUGCGUUUUAAACGUUUGCCGUGUCUCAGUGUUUUGUUUAGUGUUAAUUUGUCGGUGGUGCCAAAAAUUAAAUAGAGAAUUUAAUAAGCGGUGGAAAUCUACACAUUGUGCUGCAAAAUAUUUGUGCAAAUGUGCUUAGAGCGCCAUCGAUCGCGUAUUAAUAUCCGAGAGCAAUAAAGUAUAAUAAUAGAUGUUUUGAAAUUGCAUAAUAUGUAUAAUUAUUGAUUAAAAAAUUAAAUAAACAAUAACAUAUAUGAGUUCGAAUAAAAUCUACUUUUAAACAUUCAUAAGUAACUGCUAAUACAAUUAAAAACCCUAAAAUAAUGAAUAAAAUAUUUAAAAUAGUGGAAGAAUUCUGUGUUUGUACCACCUUCACAUAAACCCCAAUUAAAUUUAUAAUUAAUAUGUAUGUAGACAUUAAAAUAUAAUAUAAACAUUGCAUGUUUGAAAAAGGCUUUUACUGCAAAUUUAAAACUCAUACUAAUGACAAACACUUCUGCUUCGAGCUUAAAUUUGUGAACAAUUCAAUAAAUCUUAUUUAAUCAAAGCGCUUAAAGCGCAUUAAAAUUCGAAUUUGUGCUUAGAAAUACAUAAUAAUAAAAUUAUAAUUAAUAAAGUAACUGGAAUUAAGAAAAAAGAAAAAUUUAAAAUUUCGGCGCCCACUAUGCAAUAAUAAUACAGUGUUGGCUUCCCUCGAAUAAAAAAUAUCUAAUUUGCGGUUCACAAGUACCCCAGUAAAUAGUGAGAAAAUGUGUAAAAAUUGCCCAUUGCUAACCGAUUAAUAACCAAAAUUAAAAAAAAAAGAAACAAUUUGUGUGGUUUACCAAAAAAGUGUUUAAAUCCUCGAUUAAAAAUUUUAAAAAUAUACAUACAUUUGUGUGUUUUUCUUUGUGCGUUUUCGUGAGUGUUAGUGUAAGUAAAUCCCAAGCCAAUACAAUGAAUAAUUAUCAACAUCAAACUCCGCCACCUGUAACGCGGCAUCAUCAUCAUCACUUGCCGCCGCCACCGCCGCUGCCGCAUCAUCAUCCAUCGUUGUUGCCACAACCGCAGCCUCCGCUGCCAAUGUUGCCAACACAGCAGCAGCAGCAGCAGCAACAACAACAACAUGUACAUCACCAUCACCAACAACAGCAGCCGCACCAUCAGCCAUUGAUUAGCAAUUCGUUGGCCAUACGUCAGGAAAUACAACGAUUCGAGAGCGUGCAUCCAUCGAUUUAUGCAAUUUACGAUCUAAUCGAUUUGCUGCCAAUCGGCGAUGCACAGAUCGCACAACAGAUACGCGAUCACGUCGUUUGCAUUGAAGGUGAGCGCAUUUAUAGAUAA